AUGGCGUACAGAGUACUGGGUAGCUGCAGGAACAGGGUUAAGGAGACCAUGGUGUACAGUGUACUGGGUAGCUGCAGGGACAAGGUUAAGGAGACCAUGGUGUACAGUGUACUGGGUAGCUGCAGGGACAAGGUUGGAGAGACCAUGGAGUACAGAGUACUGAGUAGCUGCAGGGACAAGGUUAAGGAGACCAUGGCGUACAGAGUACCGGGUAGCUGCAGGGACAGGGUUAAGGAGACCAUGGAGUACAGAGUACCGGGUAGCUGCAGGGACAAGGUUAAGGAGGCCAUGGCGUACAGAGUACCGGGUAGCUGCAAGGACAGGGUUAAGGAGACCAUGGAGUACAGAGUACUGGGUAGCUGCAGGGACAGGGUUAAGGAGACCAUGGAGUACAGAGUACCGGGUAGCUGCAGGGACAAGGUUAAGGAGAGACCAUGGCGUACAGAGUACUGA